AUGUCAUACAGCCAUACCAGAAAGGCAAUCUACGGAAAGAUCAAGUACAACGCUGAGUCGACAGACGAGAGGGCUUUGGUAGAUGCAGCUGCACUGCUUGGUGGAUGUGAGAGGCAUCAGGUCAGUUUUCCAAAUCCUCUGCACAUUGGAAUUCACCUCUGCCAGGAAGAUGAUGUCCGUGAUUGCGAGAGACAACCAAGGAAGGAUCAGGAUGUUUUGCAAAGGAGCAGAUGA